CUUUGCUCCGAUUUGCGAGAAAGAAGAAGAAUAAGAAUAAGAACUUGAAUUCUGUUGAGAAGACACCAACUUGAAGCAGCGAGAUCAAAAUUGGACUAAAAGGGACCAUUGACUGACGUUGUUAUCUGAUCUACGAGAACUUGAUAACCAAAAAAAAAUGGUCCCUGUCCAUAUCAUAGUCGCAAUUAGCGAGAACUUUGGGAUCGGAAACUCGUCCUUAAAUGGAAAACUUCCCUGGAAUUUGCCCAGUGAGACCAAAUACUAUUUGAAACAAUCCACCAGACGUCAAAAUGAGGGAACUAAGGCAUGUUGGAUCAUGGGAAGAAAUACAUUUGAACAACAAUUCAGUCACAACCAACCGUUUUCUAUUUUGGCGGGCAAGGAAAGUCCUCCAGUGGUCAAGAUUGUUCUUAGUACAUCCUGGAGCACCAUUCCAUCUCGAUUUGACAACGUUUCGGAUGUAAAAUUAGCGCGAAAUUGGACGCAGGUGAUUGAUCUCGUCAACAGCCUCUGUGGUCAGAUCGAGGAGGCCUGGAACAUUGGUGGUCCCUUGGUCUACACUGAACAAAUCAAAGACAUCAUGGAAAACCGAAAACGAUACGAAAACUCCCGUUUGUAUGUGACCAAAAUCAGUGCCUCCUUUCCUUGCGAUUUGUUCUUCCCCAGGAUUGACUUCAAGAGCAUGUGCGAACUUCCACAUGAGAAUGGCAAUGAAAUCAUGGAAGAGAGUGAAAUUCAAUUCACUUAUCAUGUGUUUGAAUUACAACAUGUGAAGUUGACUUCGGAAGAGACUUCAACCUCUUCAAGGUUUUUGCAUGACUUGAACUAAAAAAGCAAAAGAGGAGCACAAUUUGUAUUGCCUUUCUUAGUGACACAGGCUCUAAAAUGCUUGUGCAUUACUGUAGUUCGUUUCAGAAAUAAUUCAUAUACAUUCAAGGGUGAAUGGUUCUUGUUCAAAGUUUCACCAUCUUUUGAUCUGGGUUGCACGGACAAAAUAAAUACAGGGAAGAUCAAUCACAAGCUAACUUAUAAAUCAUAGCACUAAUAUUUUCUUUUCUUUUACAAUAUCAACACUGAAUUCACAUUUAACAGGAGCAAAAUAAUCUGAAGGCUUUUGAAAUUGCUCCAGUACAAGAGUGAACGCUAAACUGUAAACCUUUGUAAUUAGCUUCUUUGAUAAUAAAGGAAUGGUGAUUGUUGUUUUA